AUGUCCUGCCUAGAUGACCUGGGGAGACAGCCCCAGGAGCCAGCUGAGGUGAGGCUCACAGCCCCCGCCCAUCUUGUGAGCCUGCAGCCCUUUCCUGGAGCCUUCUCCACCCUCCCCCAGCCCUUCAGCUCAGUUGGGGAUUCUUCCCUGAGGGCUGUGGGCCUGACCUUCUGCAGGUCCUUUCCUUCCUGCUCAGCAUCCAUGGAGCAGACCUGAAGGAAGUUUCCAAGCCUGAUGAAUGCUCCCUCCUCCCAUCGGACACAGACCAGUGACUGCCCUGAUCAUUCUGUUGGCCAUACUCCCCCUGCCCCUAGCUUCUCACCUACUCCCCACCCAUUCACUCCCCCAUCCUUACAAUCUGCUCUGACCAGCAAAGGCAGCCAGGACUUCCUGAGUAUGUGCGUACAUGUGUGUGUGUGUGACUGUGAAUGUAGGUGUGUGGAUGAAUGUGCCAGUGUGUAUCUGUGUGUGUGUGUGAAUGUGUAUGGGUGACAGACUGAGUGUGUACGUGUGUUGUAUGAACAUGUCAGUGUGUAUCUGUGUGUACAUAUGGGUGUGAGACUGUAGGAGUGUUGUAUAAAUGUGUCAGUGUAUCUGUGUGUGUGUUUGGGACUGUAAGUGUAGGCGUGUUGCAUGAAUGUGUCAGUGUUUGUGUAUGUACAUAUGGGCGUGAGACUGUAGGUGUGUUGUAUGAACUUGGUGUGCAUCUGUGUGUGUUUAUAUGAGUGUGAGACUGAUUGUAGGUAAGUUGUAUGAACGUGUCAGUGUGUAUCUGUAUGUGUCUCUGUGUAUACAUGGGCAUGAGACUGUAGGUGUGUUGUAUGUCUCAGUGUCUGUGUGUGUAUAUGGAUGCAAAAUUGUGCAUGUAGGUGUGCUGUAUGAAUAUGUCAGUGUGAAUCUGUGUGUGCAUGUAUAAAUAUGAGUCUCUGAGUGUAGCUGUGUUGUAUAAAUGUGUCAGUGUGUAUUUAUGUGUUGCGAGUGUGUAGAUAGGGUAUGAGUCUGUGAGUGUAGGUGUAUUGUGUGAAUGUGUCAGUGUGUAUCUGUGUGUGUGUGUGUAUGGGUGUGAGAUUUUGAGUGUAGGUAUGUUGUAAUGUCAGUGUGUAUCUGUAUGUAUGUUUGUGAGACUGAGUGUACGUAUGUUGUAUUAAUGUGUUAGUGUGUAUUUGUCUGUGUGUAUGUAUGGGUAUGAGACUGUGAGUGUAGGUAUGUUGUAUGAACAUGUCAGUGUGUAUCUGUAUGUAUGUGAGACUGAGUGUACGUAUGUUGUAUUAAUGUGUCAGUGUGUAUUUGUGUGUGUGUAUGUAUGGGUGUGAGACUGUGUGUGUAGGUAUGUUGUAGGAACAUGUCAGUGUGUAUCUGUGUGUGUGUUAUGUAUGGGUAUGAGAAUGUCAGUGUAGAUGUGUUGUAUGAAUGUGUCAGUGUGUAUUUGUGUGUGGGUGAGUAUGAUUAUGGGUGGGGGCAUGGGUUGAGGGUGGGUGACAGGUCACACCACCAGAGACCUGGAGACCCUCACUCACCUGCAGCAGCUACUCAGGCCCUGACAACACUUCCCUCUGGGGAGGGACAGGCAUGACCUCAGUCACAUCUGACCCGCCUUCCCUGUGGAGCUUUCUGACCCAGGGCAGAGCACAGCAGAUGUGGAAGAGCAGCUGCCAUGUAUAGAAUUCGGGAGGAAGGAAGUUCACUAAGCUUUCGUCAUGGUUGGUCCCGAUGCAGGUGGUAGAGGCAGUGGAUACUAGUGGUGGCUAAGGAAUCCAGGCUCAUGUUCUCUUGUAAAACAUGACCCACAGCCCAAGACAGGGCCGAUACACCCAUCCUGGGUCCCAAUCACACAUCCUGAUGGGCCGUGCAAAGGGUCUCUGCUCUUAAGUUCUAAACAACUAUUCCUCUGCAUGUCCACUCUCCCUAGAUGUCCUGUCAUUACCUCUAAAUGUAUGAAGGGCUUUUCUACUUCAAGACAUGGAAAUACUGUAUGACUGCUCCCCUGCUGUCCAAGGAACCAGGCACUACCUCCUUGGGUCAAAACCCACCCCCAAGGCUGACCUCUGCUUUCUCUCCCCAGCCACCCUUGGCCCUCAUCUGGCACAAAGGUUGUUUGUAGACCUGGGUGCCCUGCACAGGAGUAUGAGGGGGCAGAAUGUGACCCAGGUCAGCGCCUUCAUCCUGGUGGGCUUCCCCACGGCCCCCUGGCUGCAGGACCUGCUCUUCCUCCUCUUCCUGCUCACCUACCUCUUCGUGCUGGUGGAGAACCUGGCCAUCAUCCUCACCGUCUGGGGCAGCCCCUCCCUCCACAGGCCCAUGUACUACUUUCUGGGCUCCAUGUCUUCCCUGGAGAUCUGGUACGUGUCUGACAUCAUCCCCAAGAUGCUGGAUGGCUUCCUCCUGCAGAGGAGGUGCAUCUCCUUCAUGGGCUGCAUGACCCAGCUCUACUUCUUCAGCUCCCUGGUGUGUACUGAGUGUGUGCUCCUGGCCUCCAUGGCCUACGACCGCUAUGUGGCCAUCUGCCACCCCCUGCGCUACCAAGCCAUCAUGACCACGGGGCUCUGUGUCCAGCUGGUGGCCUUCUCCUUCAUGAGUGGCUUCACCAUCUCUGUGAUCAAGGUAUACUUUAUCUCCAGUGCCAAGUUCUGUGGUUCCAACGUCCUGAACCACUUCUUCUGUGACAUCUCCCCCAUCCUCAAACUGGCCUGCACAGACUUCUCGACCGCAGAACUGGUUGACUUCAUUCUGGCCUUCCUCAUCCUGGUGUUCCCGCUCGUGGCCACUGUGCUGUCCUACGGGCACAUCACCCUGGCCGUCCUGUGCAUCCCCUCGGCCACGGGCCGCUGGAGAGCCUUCUCCACCUGCGCCUCCCACCUCACCGUGGUCACUAUCUUCUACACGGCCAUGAUCUUCAUGUAUGUUCGGCCCCAGGCUAUUGAUUCCCGGAGCUCCAAUAAGUUCAUUUCUGCUGUUUACACUGUCCUCACCCCAAUCAUCAACCCCUUGAUCUACUGUCUCAGGAACAAGGAGUUCAAGGGUGCCUUGAAAAGGCUCUGGUCUUAGACCAAGUUUCAAAGCAGCACAAUUAAAUGUCCUAUAGUCUAAUUUGUGAUGGUAAUAGCAUCUUAUCUUCCAUUUGAGAAUUGUUUGCCUAUUCCAAUAUCAUGAAGAUAUUCUCCUGUGUAACUCCACAAGCUUUGCUGUUUUACCUUUCAUGUCUCAAUUUAUAGUCCACCAGAAAUUGAUUUUUAUUUACAGUAUGAGAUGUGGGUCAGCAUUAACUCUUUUCUAUAUGUAUAUGAAGUUGACCGGAACCCACUCUUUGUUGAAAAGACAAUGCUUUGCCCUCUGCAAAAUCACCCUUUUCAUAAACCAAAUAUCUAUUUAUUCUCAUCUCUUUUUGGACUCAUUUUGUUUCAUGGUCUGUUUGUCUAUUCAUGUGUAUUAUGUUCUUGAUGUCAAGCCCAAGAAUUCUUUCCCUAAUCCUCAGUCCUGAAGGUUUUAUCCUAUGACUUUUUUCUAAGGGUUUCAUAGCUUUGCCCUUACAAUGAAGGGCCAUGAUCCACUGUGAGUCAGGUUUUGUAUAAGGUGUGAUGGGCAUACUAAGGUUUGUUGUCCAUGGACAUCCAACUGCUGUAAUGCCAUUUGCUCAAAAGGCUGUCAUUCCUUUGCUGAGCUGCACUGAACCUUUGGAAAGCAUCAGUUGACAAUACUGGUGCUGACUUAUUUCUGAUCUCUUUGGCAGUCCCUCUGCCAGGACCACGUGGUCUCCAUUAACAUAGACGCAGAAUAAAUCCUCAACAGUGGAGGAAUAAUCCCUCCCACUUCACUCUUCCUUUUCCAAAAGGCUGCUGCUCUUCUAGGGCCUGGACAGGGGAAUUUUAUUACAAGCUCAUCUACAUCAAUAAAAAUCUUGUUGAGACUUUGACAGGACUUGCGUUAAACUAACAAAUCAGUUGGGGGAGAAUUCUCGUUGUUUCUCUGUUGAGUCUUCUCAUGUUGUGUGGCUUUCAGCAUACGUAUCUUGCAUGUUCUGCUAGAUUUAUACCUAAGUACUAUAUUUCUGGAGCUAUCAUAAAUGGCAUUGCAUUCUUUUUGUUUCCACUUUUUUGUUAGUAUAUAGAAAUGUAGUUGAUUUUCAUGUUGACUUUGUAACCUGAAAUCUUGCUGAAUUCACUUACUAUUUCUAGGAAAUUUUGUAGAUUGCUUUGAGUUUUCUACAUAAACAAUCAUGUUACCUACAUAUACAGAUAGUCUUCUUCUUUUCCAAUCUGCAUGUCUUGAAAGUGAAAGUUAGUCAUUCAGCCGUGGUCACUCUUUGUGACUCCAUGGACUGUAGCCCACCAGGCUCCUCUGUCGUGCAUGUGAUUCUUCAGGCAAGAAUACUGGAGUGGGUUGCCAUUUCUUCCUCCAGGGAAUCUUCUAACCCAAGGAUGGAUCCUGUGUCUCUGCCAUUGGCACGCAGUCUUUAAUGCUGAGCCACCAAGGAAGCCUGCAGAUAUUGUAACCUGUUUCUUAUUUUAGAAAGAUUAGAAGGAAAGCAUCAGUCUUCACUAUUAAGUAUGAUGUUUGCUAUAGGUUUUUGUAGAUUUUUUUAAUCAAGUAAUUAGUAAACUGUUGCACCUUAUGUGAUUUCAGGAUAAUGCAGGUAUAAUAUUUUUGUUACAAUAAGUCCCCUACAUACAAACAUUCAAGAUGCAGACUCUCAAAGAGUUGGCCGUGUGUUUG